UUUUAAUUGUUUAUCUGAAGAGUGGUCUUGUUACCUUGAUUCAAUUAGUCAUCUUACAACAUCUAUCAUGUGUAUAUCAUCCAGUCUCUAGAGUUAGUUGUCUGUGUCUUGGGAUGCAGUGCCUGAUAAUUUCGUAAAGGUAGUGUCACUUAGGGUGAAUACUUUGUUCAACACGUUUGAAUAAUGAGCAAUGUAGAAGAAGAAAGAGAUGAAAAAUGUAGAGUGAAGUCCAUCUUGUGUCUGUACCGAGUCUAGCACAGCCUGUGUCCGUGUCGGAAUUUACUUUCAUAUGAAGAAAUUAACAAACUUCCCAGGAGCAAAAUGUAGGUACUGUAAUAUACUAGAACUACCCAAAGAUGGAAAUUUCUUUGAACAUGUUCAAAGUGGCUCCUGCUUUUGUAUAGCCAAAAAUUAACCUUCCCAGGAACAGAAAAUGGUACUAAGACAGUUGAUACUCUCAUAAUUAAUAUUUAAUAACUUUAUAAUUAUUAAAGUAAGAAAUUUGGAGGAAAUUAAUCUACAUUUCUAUUGUUUAAAAAUUAACUUUUUUCAAAACAUUAAAUUAGUAGUUAUAAGCAUGGAAAUACACAUUAAAAUUGCAAUCACUCAAAGUUAAUAAUUAAAUAUAAGGAUUAUGAAGAUUUUUUUUUUUCUUUUUGGCCUUGCAGUGGAGUUGGUGUGCAUAAAUACAUCUAUUGUUUGUUUAUUUGUAUAUAUGAAGUUAAAGAAGUUUUGCUUAAUGAAUCAGAGAAAUAUAGUACCUUAGAAUUCUAUUAACUAAUAAAUUCAGUGUCUUCCAUGAUAGUUAGUUAUUUAAGAGCCAACUGUACAUGUUGUUGGAUGCUAGAAUUAAGUGUACAUAUGAUCCAGGACAAGUGCAGGAAAGACCUUUCUCUACAUGCUCUGAUACCAAACUACUGUAGGACAGCUCUAGGAAACUUAUAAUAAUGUAGCCUACAAUAUGUUUUCGGAUGUGUUUUUGUUAUAAAAAAUCUUGUACAAGUUAAGGUGUGUAAGAAAGAAUUUUGAGGUUGUGAAUAAAAAAGGAUAGGAAUUAGCUUUGCUUUAAGAGUGACAGAUUGCAUGAUAUAACGUAAAAAGCCAAUAUACUAGCUUCCUUCACUAACAAAAUCCAUGGAACCAUACCUUCAGCCCAUGUUUUUAGUAAAUAUGAAAAUUCUCAAUAUUUCUUUGACUCCUAAAAUCUAAUAAAUUAUGAAUAAAACUAUAACAACAUAUAAACCUAAAACCAAUAUAAAAUAAGACUCAGUUCAACCGUAAACUUGAUUACACAAUUACUAAUUUUACCCUUUUCUUGUUAGCUUGCUUUACAUCAAUAUCUAUAUGCCUUUGAUAAUUAGUUUGAAGUGUUCAUGUUGCCUUAUCCAGCAUGGUAAUCUUAAUCUUAAGAAAGCAUUUAAAUUAACUGAAUCUGGAAUCUUCAACUCUCAAGCUAGACUGACCUUUAAGUUUUAUCUCUUCAUCUUUGUUUCUCUUUAUAUGAUACAUCAAUGCAAACUAUAAGGAAAUAGUUCCCCCUUGUUUAUAUUGAUGCCUUUGAAUUGCUUGAUUUGAUCUCUUGAACUAUGUCAUAAGAAAGCAUAUAAAUUAACUGAAUCUGGAAUUUUCAAUUCUCAAGAUAGACCGACCCUUAAGUUUUGCAUCCCUUCAUUUUCUUUUCUCUUUAUAUGAUACAUCAAUGCAAACUAUAAGGACAUAAAUUCCCCUUGUUUAUAUUUAUGCCUUUGAAUUGCUUGAUUUGAUCUCUUGAACUACGUCAUAAGAGCUUACUACUUCAAACCAUGCAAGUCCUUGCAAGGACUUACAAAUUCAACUCGUGCAUUAUACUAAUUUAGUGAGUCUGGAUGACUCACUUGUCCUUUGGAUGACGCAACUGUCUAAGAUGAUGAUGGUAUUGCAUGUAGGGUUUUAUUUUUGGAGGAUUUAUAGUGGGGACAGAAUGUUUUCAAGGAUUCUUUCACACAUAUCUUCAGAUUAUGCUUAUAUACUUUAUUUGAGUUCUUACCUUCUUUGGAAUUCAAUCAUUUUAGAAAUCUUAUUGAUCAUAAAAUUGAGGUUCUUGCUUCUCCUGGCCUUCUUACAGAUGAAUAUCUUUUUAUGUUCAGACAAUAUAAACGAUGUUGCUUGAAGAUAUUUUCUGGGAUGAAUUUGAUCAGAGUGAUGAUCACAUAGUGCCUAAUUCUGGCGGUGGACAUAGGAAUGAAAAUGCAUUUCAGGGGGAUAGCAAUAAGAAACCUCGACAUGAAGUAAUUGGGAUUUCAAGUAAUGCUCAUGACAAGUAUGCUGCUAAAUAUGUCAUACAGGGAAAAGAGGAACGAGUGUUUCUAGCUCUGAGAAACAGAAGGGACACAAUGUUGGAAAAGGAUUCACCCACUCACACACCUGAAGGCGUGUUUCCUGCUUCACGUGAUAGUAACUCAAUCAAGGAAGGGAGAAGUUUAGCUUCUGAUACUUCUAGGAUGUCGAGUCAUUGCUUCAAAAAUACCAAUAUAGAUUCCAUUGGCAGUGAGUUUUGUGCUGAUGUUCCCAUAAUUGGCGACAGGUGUGCGGCAGUUGAUAAUAAUUCAUACAGUUAUCUGCUCGGUCACAAUCCUCAAACUGAUAAUGAUCUUUGUUUUUUUGAUAAUGAUCACGAGGACAAAGAAUCCAGUGAUUUAUUAUAUUAUGGGUGGCCGGAUAUUGGAAAUUUUGAAGACGUUGAUAGGAUGUUUAGAAGUUGUGAUUCAACAUUUGGGAUUCAGGGUACCAGUAAUGAAGAUGACCUAACUUGGUUUUCGUCAUCACUUGAUACUGAAGGAUCUAAUGAUCUAGUGAAGCCAAAUAUGAAGUUUUCUUAUUCGGAGUCAAGUCCAUCGAAAAAUAUACCUGAAAAUCGUGAACCUUCUAAACUGAUUAAUGCAAGUUCUCUAGUCAAUGAUUCCAACAUAGAAAGUGUUUCUGUUAGCUACAAAUCUAGUUCUCGGACAUCUGUGGCCAAUGAGCCUGCUGCACGUGGUCGCUUAUCUUCCAUGAGCGUGUCCAAUACAACUUCCGUAAGCAAGGAUGUGUUUGUGCCUAAAGAGCAAGGAAUUGAGUUCAAUGAUGGCAUUCAGUUCAAAGUUUCAAACACAAACCAUUCUAAAAAUGACAACAAUGGGAUGAUCAAUUUGCGUAAAAAGCAGUCGAAGCAUCAUAACCGAUCAUUAAUAAAAAGAAAAGGCCGAUGCUUAGACAGUUGUGGUUCAUAUCAUCAGAAUGGUAACCUGCAAUUCAAAGACAUUAAGCUUCCUUCUUGUGACUUAUCUUGUCACGUUCUUCCCUCAGACAUCCGGCAACAUGUGCAAAACACGGGACCAAAUUCCCAUGGUUACUUGCAGACCCGUUUUCCUCAUAUGUAUACGGACAACAGUCAUCAUCCUUCAGGUCAAAUUUCAGUAGGUUCAACUCUAUCUAAUGUCAACUCUGAAAAUAACGGUUUCACAUCUAUCUCCACAAACGAGUCUUCUUAUGCAUCAAACCAAGUGCAGUCUAUGGAGAGUUCUCAUGAUCGUUCAUUUGAGGUCCCAUCUACAACAAUGGAUGAAAAGAGUGAAAAGCUACAUCAUCAACAAGGAUUUCAAUCUCUAUUCUUGAGUAAUCUUAAACAUGCUGAUUUGGUGGUUCAGGCUGCAAUUCGCGAGCCAACUUCAGUACAGAAGCAAGACCAUAGUUCUGAGAAUGAAGUAAAAGAUCCCAAUGAAGUUGAAGGUGUUAGUAUGGGAGUUCCAGCAGACUUAGAUUCUUCUAAUUUACAGGAAGUUUCUGGAUUGAAUGAAAUCUCACUAGAAGCAACUAGUUUUCUUCAGCUUCAACAUGUCAUGGAAAAGUUGGACAUAAGGACAAAAUUAUGCAUAAGGGAUAGUCUGUAUCGUUUGGCCAGGAGUGCUGAGCAAAGGCAUAACCAUGCAAAUAUGAAUGGUGGCGACAGAGAUGAAGGAACUAAGUGCACUGGAUUUAUGGAUAUAGAAACCAAUACAAAUCCUAUAGAUCGAUCAAUGGCACACCUACUGUUUCACAGGCCCUCAGUUUCGUCUGUAAUGCCUGCUUAUGAUGCUUGGCCUCUGAAAUCACUUAUGAUUAAUGGGCCUAUCACUAACCCACCUGUGAUGGCUGAGAAACUGAUUUGUAAGGAAGAAACAGCCUCUGAAGCAGAAGAUAAAAAGGCUGCUGAUCACUGACAAUAAAUAAUAAAGAAUAGUAAGAUUCAGCACAGUUUCAGUUGAAUAUAUCUAAUAUUGAAUUUCUGUGCAUGAUCGUGUAUAAAAAAAACAUACAAGAGGCCCCUGUAGAUGGCCAAGUUUGCUUCCAUGUUUGGAGUUAAUAUCUGAAUUUUGGCUUUUAUCCUUCACCAAUUUUUCAAAAUUUGAGGCAUCUAAAAGACCUUGCAAAUAGAGUUAUCAUUCCAGUCCCUUUCUUACCCAUAACUUUCUACUUCAUACCCAUAAAAUGUUGUCUGGGUGGAAGGUAUCAUCUUUGAAUUUUUUUUUGCCUUCUGCAGGUCUUAUAAGCAUCAUUUCUUGCAUGAAUAUAUAUUUGCAUUUAUAGUUCUA